AUGUUUUUCACUCGAUCCUUAAGAACUUUAGUUGUGAAAUCAUUACCUCAAUCUCCUAAGUCACACAUCUUUUUCCCAUCCAGGAGUUUGUUUAUUUCACCCAAAUUACCAGCGGUAUCCAUGCCUGUUGACAAAUCAGUCUACCGUCCUGCACUGACUGUAGGUAGAUGGUUGUUGAGUCUUUCUGGAAUGACUUUUGGUGCUAUUAUGCUUGGUGGAGUUACAAGGUUGACUGAAUCUGGUCUUUCGAUGGUAGAGUGGCAUCCAUUUAAAGAAUUGCCGCCUUAUACUGAAGAGCACUGGCAACUAGAAUUCGAGAAAUAUAAGAAGUUUCCAGAACAUCAACAGAAAGUUUGCUUUCAUAUAUUUAUCUCUGCCUUAGUUAUGUGA